AUGCACACGCGUUCUAAAGGUCCACCUCUAGAGCCUAUCGAUCUCGAGAUCGAAGCAUCCAACAGAAAGAGGAACGCGCAGAGAAGGUUAAACCAAAGGAUUCGGGUUUCUUCACCCGCGCACAGGUGUCUACCUUCUCCUAUCCAGAGAACUCCAUCACCCAGUCCAUCUCCACCUCCAUCACCUAUCCAGUACGAGCCUCAUUCUCCAAUUCUAAUGGAUAACGGGGAGGAGAACAACAAUGAGGAUCCUGUCAUCCGCCAACUCCGUCUACAGCUGGUUGCCAUGCAGAGACAGGUUGCUAAUCCACCAGUCAACAAUGCGGGGAUAGCGGCCAACAGCUUCGAAUUGAGACCGGGGUUGAUAGACAGAGCAGAAGCAAACGCAUUUGGUGGGACAGGUUCAGAAGAUGCCAACAAGCACCUCACCAAGUUCAUACAGAUCAGCAACACAGUGAAGGCGAAUGGGGUCACAGAUGAGCAAGUCCGCCUCCGAUUAUUCCCAUUCUCUUUGAAAGAUGAGGCAAGGGACUGGUAUGACAGCAUGGGUCCUAACUCUGUGCCUACAUGGGAUGCAAUGGUGGAGCUGUUCUUGGAGAAAUAUUAUCCACCUAGCGAGGCACUCAAACGCCAAGCUGAGGUCAUUCAAUACAAGAUGCACCCUCAGGAGAAUAUCAUGGAGGCUUGGAAAAGGUUCAAGCAGCUGAUGAGAAGAUGCCCCAAUCACGGGCUAACUCCGGGACAACAGAUCUUAACCUUCUACAGGGGAGGCACGCUGGAAGCAAUGCGUGAACUGAACAUGAGCGCCGGAGGAUCUCUCUUGAAAUUGGGGGAAGCUGAAGCACUUGAAGUGAUCGAGAGGGUAGCUUCAAAUGAUGAUGGAUGGAGAAACGACAGAGGAAAAUCAUAUAGGGUGGCAUCCACCUCCGAUAAUGAUAGGAUUGAUGCAAUAUCCAAGCAGCUGGAAUUUCUAACUGACAAGCUUGGGUAUAUGGGAACAAGUCAGUUUGGGACUGAGAUGCAACAAGGAGUCGAAGAUGUAAACUACGUUCAUCAAGGUGGCAACAACAGAAAUUUCAACAAUUACCACCCCAACCAAGGAGGAGGCAAUUACAAUCACUAUGGGAACAAGGUGCAUCCCAACUUGUCAUACGGGAACCCAAAUAAUGCCCUGCAACCACCACCCGGAUUCCAGGUAUCAAAUGGCCAAAUCAUAGAACCGAGGAAGGAUGAGCUGAAAGAUGUGUUAAUGGCCUUUAUGAAGCAAACGGGAGAGUGCAUGAAGGACUCCAACAAACGGCUAGUGCAGGUUGAAGCUAAUGUGAAUGACCUUAAUAUUCACAUGAAGAGCAUCGAUAACCAGAUGAGCCAGAUUUCACAGGCAGUGGGUAUUCAACAUCAACCGGGCCAAUUUCCGUCACAAACAAUUGUCAAUCCUAAAGACUGUAAGGAUUGCAAAGCCAUUAAUCUUAGGAGUGGAAAGAGCUAUGAUGGCCCAACCUUGCCUGCAGAGAAGGAGAAAAUCUCUCAAGAAGAGGUGGUGGAAGAAGAAGAACCAGUGGAAGAGGUGCCGCCUCCCAAGGCAAGCAUCGUGAUACCUGCACCCCCUGCUGAGGUUAAGAUCCCAUUUCCACAGCGCGUGCAGAAGAAGAAGCUAGAUGAUCACUUCUCUAGGUUUCUUGACAUAUUUAGAAAAGUGCACAUCAACAUCCCGUUGGUAGAGGCGUUACAACAAAUGCCUACAUAUGCAAAGUUUCUAAAAGAUGUGCUCUCCAAGAAGAAGAAGUGGACUGACUAUGAGACGGUGAACAUAUCUGAAAAUUGUAGUGCCAUAAUUCAGAAAAAGCUACCGGCCAAGCUUAAAGAUCCUGGGAGUUUCAACAUCUCAUGCGUUAUUGGAAAUGACAGACAGACAAAGGCACUUUGUGAUCUGGGGGCGAGCAUAAAUUUGAUGCCAUUAUCAUUUUUCAGAAAGAUGAAGAUCGACACUCUCAAGCCGACAACAAUAACACUACAGGUGGCAGAUAGAACCGUCACCUAUCCUAAAGGAAUUGUUGAGGACGUUCUUGUGAGGGUACAUGGCUUCAUUUUUCCCGUCGAUUUUGUAGUAUUGGAUAUGGAAGAAGACGUGAAUAUACCGCUUAUCCUGGGGCGCCCAUUCCUUGCAACGGGAAAAGCAUUGAUAGAUGUGGCAAAGGGAGAGCUCACUCUUCAUAUGGGUAACAAACGUCACAUCCUAUCUAUCUACAAUGCUAUGAAGAGUCGUGAGGAAGAAGAACUUGUUAUGAAGAAAGAGUGCAAAGCUGUGCACGUUGUAGAGGUCCAAAAGGCACAAGAAAUUGAGUCCACAUUUGGGGAUUUUUCUUUACCGCAAUGGAUGUUUGGUUCAUGUGGUGGAUCAACUUCUAAAGAAGAGACUACAUCAAAUCCUAAAGUGAAGGUGAAGAAAACAAAAGCUGAAAAUUUAUCCAAAGUGGAAACUGAAAUUUCUGAUUGA